AUGUACACUGGAGAAGAACACAACGAAACUGAAACCGAUCUACUUAUUUCAACGUUAGACGAUACCAGUCCAUGUGGACAACAAAAUAUUUCUGACCAAUAUACACAGCUGUAUACGACAUUCCGCAUUAGUAAACUCAUCCUUCUGUAUGUCUCACCUUUCAUUCUAUUCUUUGGAGUCUUUGGAAACCUUUUGUCCUUCAUUGUCUUGCAACACCAGCGGAAAAAGGUUUCGACCUACUUUUACUUAAGCAUUUUGUCUAUCGUAGAUUUGGGUGUCUUGCUAACCGGACUGACAAGAAUCUGGGGAGAACAGUUAACAGGGAAAGAUAUACAGGAUUUUUCGGACUUAACUUGCAAGUUGUCCAUCUUUUUCGGGCACCUGUUUAGCUACGCGUCGGUUUGGAUUAUCAUAGCAGUGACAGUUGAGAGAUUUGUUGUAGUCAAAUAUCCAUUUCGUAACCUAUCGAAAUGUAGAAUGCGCAAGGCAAAAAUUUCAUGUGCUAUUAUAUUUACUGUCAUUUGUAUCAUUAAUGUACAUUUUUUAGUGCUUGCUGAAAUUCAAGUCAAAAAUGGAGUUCCGAAAUGUGCAAUAAUACCCUCUUCCUCAGCACUUAUGCAUGAUAUUUGGCCAUGGAUUGACGCAGCAGUAUACUCAUUUCUACCAUUCUCAAUUUUAGUGGUGCUAAACAGUGUUAUUGUUCAUUCUAUUUGCAAAGCAAAGAAAAGACGAAUACGUAUGAUGUCCUUUAACCGCCGAUCAGUAGAAUCUCCUUCCAUUUCAAAAUUUUCCAAAGAAAACAGAAAGACAACAGUGAUGUUGUUGGCAUUAUCGUGUGCCUUUCUCCUUACUACAUUGCCAAUGAAUGUAGCAAUUAUCAUUAGCAGUUUUUGGAACAAUUCUGUCAAUCGGACCUUUGAAGAACUUGCCAAGCUACAUUUAGUUAAAGCUAUAGCUGAAAUGCUAAUGUAUAUAAAUCACUCAAUUAACUUUCUGUUUUACUGUGCACUUGGUGAGAAAUUUCGCCGAGCAAUGUUCAAAAUUGUUAGAAUUAUGUGCAAACGAAGAAAUGAGUCUGUUAAUCAAGUGAUUCGUAUGGAAACAACUGGGAUCAGACGUUUAUCUAAUGCAUAUGUUACAAAGAAUUUGAUAUAG